UGGUGACUCGAAUGCACAGCCGAAGUUGAGGGAACGGAAUCAGAGGAACAACCCCAUUCAAAAUGCUAACAAUGAGAAGUUCAACAUGACGGCAUACUCGCUGCCCAUUCUUGGAAGAAAGCUUUACGUAGCAUCUUCACCGCAAUUGGCAUCGUCAAUCUUUCAGAAACGGACCCUCAGCUUCGAGCCCCUGAUUGACACCUUUGUGCGAACUUUGGUAGGCAUGGAAGGCCAUGGGAUGGAGUUGUGGACGAACCCGGAAUUUCGUACCGCCAUCUUUAAAGUUCUCUACAAAGGACUUACUGGGCCUUCCUUGAAUGAUUUAACGACAUCCGGGGUCAGCCAUUUAGCUAGUUUCCUCAACAAAAAGCCGCUCGACCAGUUCGACUCGAAAGACCUCCAUUGCUGGACGCGAGAGACAGUGUCGAAGGCCAUAAUGGGGGGCUUUUAUGGGAAGUUGAGUCCUUGGGAAGACAGUGCUGUGAUGAGAAGCUUUUGGGUCUAUCAUGAUGAUAUGUACAGACUUUUCCCCGGAGUGGCCCCCUCUGUCAUCGCCUCCAAGGCUUUCAAAGCGAGAAACGAGGUCAUUGAAGCGUUGGAGUCAUACAUCAGACGCGAAGAGGACUUUGGUGCCGAAGUCCCUCUCUUUACUAGGGACAGAUUCGGCGCAGAACGGAAGUUCGGAAUGUCCGUCCAUAACAGCGCCAAGAUUGAGAUCCUUCUAGCUACCGCUCUCGCCAACAUAUCUACACUAGUCUUCUGGCUUCUGUCAAAUAUUUACAGUCAGCCAGCUCUUUUGGCCAAGAUUCGACUCGAGCUUCUUAGUGGAGCGGUUACCGAGAACCAAACUGAUGAGAACGGGGUCGAGAUGACGCUUCAUCUGGGGAACCUAAAGGAGCACUGCCCACUACUGCUGUCGUCCGCGCAAGAGACAGAGCGGUAUAACAUUGUUGACAACAUCACCCGAACGGUCAUGACAGACACGACAAUAUCAGACGACGACCGCUCGUACCUCCUCAAGAAAGGAAACAACGUCCAGAUGCCACUCAGCAUUCUCCAUAGCGACGCGAAAGUAUGGGGAGACAAACCUGAAAGUUGGCAAGGCGACCGAUUUCUGAACUUGGGCUACAAUACAUCAUCACCGCCUGGUUUUCUCCCCUUUGGAGGAGGCAAGCAUAUUUGCCCCGGCCGUCAUCUUGCAAAUGGUCUUCUUCUAGGCAUUGCUGCGCAAUUGAUACUCAACGUUGACCUCAAGAGUAUAGACGACGGGCCUAUUCGGGUGCCAAAAGCAAAGGUCCCCUGGGCAACGACUGGUAUAGGGAGGCCAGAGCCCGGUCCAGAAUUAAGAGUUAGGAUCAGCAGGCGGGAGGACUCGGGGCAUGUGAAAUGGUCUGUUGUGUAUUGAGAUGCAACAGUCUGCAAAGCCUAUGGAUGGCACUCUGGUUUGCUCUCAGGUGAGUGAGGUCUUGUUGUAAGCAUAGUGACACCGGGUACGUGUGAAUACAUGCAGACAAAAACAAUGCGGUUCUUUCAUACUUUUACGAUUUAUGUCAAUACAAAUUCUCCUCGCCAGUUCUUUGCGAUACGGCCUAGCAGGGUUCUUGGAUGAUCUGCUAUCAUUGGUACUCGUAGCUACAUGUAUCAAGACCUUGCAGAGUCGUUAGGGUAAGGUAGCCGGAAUGAUUGCGUCUCCGCUGUGGAUACGCACAGCAUCAAUCGGUCCAUUUGCUCAUUGCUAGCCUUGAAAACUCAACAACAUCCGAUAUGGUGUAGUGGCCAACAUGAUGCCCUCUCAUCCUGUGAGAGGUUAGGCAUAGCCCCGAGUUCGAUUCUCGGUUUCGGAAG